UACAUCAAAUGAAACAAGGAAAACGUUGACAAAUACUGAGCUGUGUAUUCAGAAUUAGCACAACGAUUUUGACCUUUUUUGGUCUCCUGAUUCUUCCCCAUCGACAUUGACCGUCCUGUUUCUUCUAGGGUUCGUCUUCAACCCCAAAACUCACUUGGGGUUUUAAUCAAGAUUUCAUUUUUUAUUCAUACAAGCUUCAUACUUUUUUCUGUAUUCGAUAUGGGAGCGCGUUCGUCGAAGAGUUCAACCCCUAAAAAGGGGUCAUCAUAUGCCAAUGCAUACGGAUCUCGUGACUCGAAGCAAUCAAAUUUUCAAGAUGACUCGACUCCUUCAAGAAAGGAAACCGAUAAUUCUACGCUUGAAAGAAAGCAAACGAAAGAAGAGGUUGUUAGUCCUAAAAAGAAUGCGACUAUAUUUAGUAGCAAAGAAGAUGAAUUUUAUGAUGGGAUACCUCGCAUCCCUGCAGCUUUGUCUGAGAAAUCAAGAUCUAGAAGCUUCCGGGUGACUGCACUCAAAGCCGGUAGCUUAGGGAUAGGAAAGGCGGUGGAUGUAUUAGACACUCUUGGAAGCAGUGUGAAAAGUCUAAACUCCGGUAGUCAUUUCGUCACAGGGCCCACAACAAAAGGCAAUGAACUAUGUAUUUUAUCAUUUGAGGUUGCCAACACUGUCAUGAAGGGUUCUAGCCUUAUGAACACUCUGUCAGAUAGAAAUAUAAGGCAUCUGAAAGAAGUAGUUUUUCUUUCCGAAGGCGUACAAAAUUUAGUAUCCAAAGACGUGGACGAGCUUUUAAGAAUCGUCGCAGCAGAUAAGAGGGCCGAGCUGAAAAUCUUUACGGGAGAAGUGGUUCGGUUUGGAAAUAGAUGUAAAGAUCCUCAGUGGCACAAUUUGGAUGUUUAUUUUGAGAAACAGGACAGGGGACUUACCCGACCUAAGCAAUUUAAGGUGCUACCAGAAGUAACAAUGGAGCAAUUGCUAAACUUGGUUCAACAUACAGCUGAUUUGUACAGAGAGUUAUCCGUAUUGGACAAACUUGAGCAAGAUGACCAAGGAGGGCCUAAUUCAACUCCAACUCCGAAAGGCCGUGAGCUGUAUUUAAUGCAAACACUGAAAGGCCAAAAGAAGCAAGUAAAACUCCUGAAGAAGAAGUCGCUCUGGUCUAGGAGUAUGGAAGAUGUUAUGGAAAAGCUUGUAGAUAUUGUCAUCUAUCUAAACCGACAGAUCAAAGAAGCUUUCGAAUCCGCAUUAUCAAGUGCUUGCCCAAACAUGCAGCAUAAACUUGGACCCUCCGGUCUUGCGUUGCAUUAUGCUAAUAUUGUCCUUCAAAUCGACUCGAUAGUUUCUAGAAGCAGCCCUAUGACUUACAUUGCAAGAAGCACAUUAUACCAGAGCCUGCCACCUGAUAUAGAAUUAUCUUAUCGGUCCAGACUAACUUCAUUUCGUGUAGAUAAAGAGCUCGAUGUUCCCGCUAUUAAAGCCGAAAUUGAAAAAACGCUAUGUUGGUUUUCUCCGAUAGCCAUAAACACAGCAAAGGCUCAUCAUGGAUUUGGUUGGGUUGGCGAGUGGGCGGACACCGGUUCGGGAGGAGUAAGGAAGCCAAAUGGGCUGAACGAUAUAAACCGGGUUGAAACAUUUAACCAUGCGGACAAAGGGCCAACAGAAGCUUAUAUUGUUGAACUAUUGUUGUGGCUCAACCAUUUGACAAAUAAAAUGAAGAUUGAUGCAGAGCUUGAGGAAGUGAGGUCAAACCCAGACUCCCCAAAAUUCGCCAAUCAGCGACCAUCACAAACCGCUUCUGCAAACUUGACAGUUGCAAGCGAAGAAGAUGAGGACGAGGACGAACGUAUUGUGGAUCAUACAGAAGGAAGUGAAGAAACUACUGUCGAACUUCCGGUUGUUGACUUUGACCCGGGCCACGUAACUGAAAAAGAGACCAUUGGUGGCAUCAAUGGUGUGGAAAUUGAACCUGUGUGUUGAUUGUUGACAAGAGGUUCUUGAAUGUGAAUAUACCCUGAAACUGUUUUUUUUUUUUUUUUUUUUUUUUUUUUUUUUUUUUUUUUUUUGUGGUGUAUAACUAAAAAGUAAAAAAAAAACAUAUUAUUUGUAAUGGUUAUACAUUAUUCACCUGUUGUAAACCCUGGAUGCUUUCAUCUGUAUGUAUGAAUAAACACAAGGGUUUGUAUUACGA